AAUUCUCCCAACGCUACCAUCCUCUGAAGCAUAGCUCAGCAAUAGAGGAAAGGAAGCGUUUACAGCGCAUGCGCCUUUACCCCAACUCUAACCACUGCCAGUUAUCCAGUAGUGUUUUUUUUUCUUGGACUUCAACUCCCAGAAGCCUCCGCUGCUUUGGUCAAUGGCCGGGAAUUCUGGGAAAUGAAGUCCAAAGUGGAUGAAGCGCCUACAGCACGGCGUUUCUUAAAGGUACAGUGGUUCUUUCCAACCGUUGCGAUGGUUCAAGCCCGGCCGGAAGUGACGUUGAGCAUCUCAUUCAAAGGCCUGUGUGUGUGGAGUGCCAACUUAGUGCUUCCUCUUCCUCUCUGGCGUCAGUGAAGCUUCUUUCGCGGUUGAAAGGCUGCUGAGAGUGGGAGCGCCAUGUCAGGCCGAGAAGGUGGAAAAAAGAAGCCCCUGAAGCAGCCCAAGAAGCAGUCGAAGGAAUUGGAUGAGGAAGAUCUUGCUUUUAAGCAAAAACAGAAGGAUGAACAGAAGAAACUGGAAGAGUUGAAGGCAAAAGCAGCUGGGAAGGGCCCACUCAGUGGAGGUGGAAUAAAGAAGUCCGGUAAGAAGUAGCAGAGCUGAUGGGAUGUCCUUGCGAGAGACAAGAGAAAUGUUUUCCUUUCCUUGGAGGCUUGGUAGUGGGGAAUAUUCCCAGGCUCAUGUCAUGUGAAACAUUGCUUUGAGCACCUUUGUACAUUUUGUUUAAAUGAAAUAAAUGUUGCUGUUGUUUUUGUUUAAUCUCUGGCUAUUUUUUUCCAGAAAGAUCCUUAGGUUUUUGGCCAUUACCAAAAAAGUGCAGUGUUAAUGAGCUCAUUUAAUAAUAGUCAUAAGAUUUCUGGAAAUGUUGAUAUCAUGGGGUUUUGUUUUGUUAUCUAGGGGAGAGAUACUUAUUUUUGGACAAAUUAAAAUAUAUUAGUCACAUCAUAUACUGUAUUGUAUAGUUACUUAUUCAAAUCUUGCUUGAAGAAAAAUAUUUUUGCCUUCUGAUGGAAGGCAAAUAUAGGAGGGAAUUGCCAAGGAAGAGAACAGCCACCAAGAAAAUGCUAUCUUGUGUGCUUUCACCAAAUAAGCCUCUGAUAAUGGCAGAAUCUAGAGAAAGCCCUCCUCUGAGGAUCCUGAGACUUUGGCAUGUUUGUACAGGGAGAUGUAGUCAUUCACUGCUAGCUUAGUGCUCAGUCCAGGAGAACUCCUCUAAGUAUAGCGCAAGCUAGCACAGGCUGAAUCCAUACUUUCAAAUAGUUUUGUUGGAACUCCCUGUUCCCUUUUAUCUGUAAUAGCCACCAUUUCUUUGUAUAAAAGGUAAAGGUAAAGGUUUCCCCUGACGUUAAGUCCAGUCGUGUCCGACUCUGGGGGUUGGUGCUCAUCUCCAUUUCUAAACCGAAGAGCCGGUGUUGUCCAUAGACACCUCCAAGGUCAUGUGGCCGGCAUGACUGCAUGGACCGCCGUUAUUUGUAUAGUUUUGUAUAAUUUAACACUGGCCUUCCUAAUAUGUUUUUUUUUUUUGGUAGACAAGUUAAAUUAUAAAAAUUACAGGAUACACACUAAUACUCUUCUCUAAAGUCCCAUCUAUACUGCCAUAUAAAAUCCAGAUUAUCUGCUUUGAACUGGAUUAUAUGACAGUGUAGACUCAUAUAAUCUAGUUCAAAGCAGAUAAUGUAGAUUGUCACAAAAUAGCCUAGAACAACAGUAAUAUUGCUCAGAUUAAAACAAGAAGAACUACCACCAACAACCUUGAUCAGUUGGGUGAAGGUGCCAAGAAUUGGGUUCCAGCAUUCUCUAUGGCGAGUGCUGCUUUUUAUGGCUGGUGCUGCAGGCAUAGGGCAACUGCAAGGUCAAGGCAGAAAAGGAGAAGGGAGGGAGGCAAACAAAGAAGGUGUGGCAGAGGAAAGUUGGCAAUCCAAUGAAAGAAGGAGACAAUAAAGGCUAGAAGGUGGAUGGAUAAAUGUGGCAAAUGGAAAGGGCUAAAGAAAGAGCAGGAGUAUAUGUUAUGGUGGUAACAAGACAUUUCCUUUUGCUUUGGGCAGCAGACAGCUUGGGUUGUCACUGGAUCUUUACACAGGAGUGGGCACAGCUGUGUGGGCAGAUGAAUAAGAAUGUAUUCAAGUGACCUGCGUUCACACUGUUUUAAUUUUAAAGCCAUGACUAAGUUUUGCAAUGGGUGGGUCCGCAUUCAGAAUGAGGCCACUGAUGUUUUGUAAGAGAGAAGUUUUGUAAUAUUUGUGGCUAUUUUCAAGUGUGUAGGUUAAGCACGAGUGGAGCCAGCCGGAGCUAGUCAGGUGUAUGUGUUAAUGCAUUGUUUCUAUUCAGAUAUUGCACAGCUUGUGGCUCAACGUACCUUGUAGCUUUGGAGUUAUGCCCCGCUAAUGCUAGUCAUUAAUAGAAAUAACGAUGACUGUGUGACAAUCACUAAUAUCAUCAAUCAAAUGGGGCAGGGUAAGGAUGAUGAUUAUGACUGUAUUUCUUCAGUGAUGCACCCUAAUUUCAGUACCACCAGCAGCAAUGAAAACAUCUAAGAUGCACCCCAUUUUUAAAGAUAUUUUUUGUGCCAAGUCGCUUCUGGUGUAAGAGAAUUGGCUGUCUGUAAGGAGGUUGCUCAGGGGCACCCGGAUGUUUGAUGUUUUUACCAUCCUUGUGAGAGGCUUCAUUUUUAGAGAUGUUUACAUAGGGAAAAGUGUAUCUUGGAAUGGAAGAAAUGCAGUAUUACUAUUGCUAUCAUCAUCACCAUUUUUAGGUUGGAGUUUAACCCUACACUGCCCAAGUCUGCAGUCCUCAAUGAGGAGUAGUUAGUUAGCUUAGAAUAGGUUGAAUGCAAGUGCGUGCCUUUUUGUCUCUGACUUCUAUUUUUACAUCUUAGUGUGUGAUGUGUGUAUUGAGACUUCACUCUGCUUGCGUGUCAGGAGAACUGUAGUGCUUGGUGAUUUUUCCCUUUUUUGGAUCCUAGACAAGAUGAGGUUAGUUAGAGUAGCUCAAACUCAGUUCUUUACUAUUAAGACAUGUAGUUAUUAUUUUUGUAAAUAUACCUUUUGUGAUUUUAAAGACAGAACUCUGCAUUUUGCCUCCUGAGCUCUAAAUUGAGAGCCACAUGGCACUUCAUGCACUGCUUGCUGUGAGCUGAAUGCUCAACUAUAAGCAUCCUGUUUUUGGGUAGUUUUCCCUAACACCCAGAAAAUCCUAAUACUUUUUUUCUUUAUUUUGAGUUUUCCAUCAAAAUUGGGACUCAAAACAUCCACAUUUUUCUGAAAUACUACAGUGUGUGCUAUGAGUAUUAACAGGUUUUUCUCAGCAUGCCACUUCUCCAAAUUACACUAUGUAACACAAUUUUUGUUCCUGGGUCAUAAAUGGUAUCUCCCAAUUGGUUCUAUCAUAAAAACAUGGAAAAAGCUUAUUCAACUGCAAUCACUUUGUUUUGCGGGACAUUCUGCAGCACAUUUCGCUAUAGGUUUUCAAUGAACAUCUCAUAGAGUCUCAACCAAUUCAACAUAGUUUGUGGCAACCACAAAGAUGAAGUUUCUGGAGCAUAACAACUACUGUCCAAGUACUGCAUAAUUGAACAGGAAAUAACACUUUCAAACCAGGAACAUAAUGUUUUUCAAAUUUUGUUACAUAGUGUUAUGUUCAAAAUAUUUGAGCGGUGCUCAUCCUCUGUGUGUGAAAGGUGUGGCCAUCCUUGAUAGCCACAUUUCCAAAGCCCUUUGGAUGACACCAUUUGAGGCAAUUACAAGCCAGUAAUUCAAAUCUUGACAGAAAGGUUACACAGCCCUGGUGUACAGGUAUCAAACAAACAAACACAUAAAUAUAUCAAGCACAUUUCAUAAUAUAAUACAAAGCCUUACAUGAGGAAGCUGACAAACACUGCAGACUAAUUAAAAUUUCCUGCCAAAAGCACUUUUCUCAUGUCAGGAGCGACUUGAGAAAUUGCAAGUCGUUUCUGUUGUGAGAGAAUUGGUUGUCUGCAAUGGCUUUGCCCAGGGGACGCUCAGAUGUUUGAUGUUUUACCAUCCUUGUGGGUAAAACAUGAGGGUGAGGUCCCUCUGUCAGCUCCAGCUCCCCAUGUGGGGACAUAAGAGAAGCCUCCCACAAGAAUGGUAAAACAUCAAACAUCCGGGCAUUCCCUGGGCAACGUCCUUGCAGAUGGCCAAUUCUCUCACACCAGAAGUGACUUGUAGUUUCCUGACAUGAAAAUGACAUUCACCGCAUUUCAGGAGUCGCAUUCUGCUAACAAACCUUUUUCUAAAUAGCAAAAAACACUGGGGUCAUCAUAGGCUGGAAAUGAAUUUAAGACACACAACAGCAUGUAUGAACUUGAAAUCGAUUAUGUUCAAGUGUAGCAAUGAUCUUUCAGCACCUUUGCCAGCAGGACUGCCCCAUGCGGUGGGAACUGAUGCCCCUCUUUCCCAGACUGGGUGGAAACAGGCUCAAUUGGAGGAUCUGGACCCAACUCUUGUAGUCCCCAGAGCGGUGCAGAUGUUAGCCAAGAUCCAGUUGAGAAAGGAAACUAAACUUUAGUAUAGGAACUCCAUUCUAAGAUAGGAAAGUUACUCAGAGAGAGCUUAUCUAGCUACGUCUUGGAAGAUCGAGAGAGAGGACUCUUAAGAAAGGGAAGCGGUGGAGAAAGGAAAUCCCUCGGAGUAUCAGUUUACAUCACAGAGAUCAGGAUAGGCGGACAAAAGAGGGAAGACUCCUCAGGUCACUCAAAGGAUCUAAUCCUAUUAUUGCUACCUACUAUGAGGCACUCUUUAGUCUUGAGUGCUAAGUGUUGUUGCAUUUCCAACAGCCGGAUGCUGAAAGUUUCCUUCUGCGGGGGGUUUUUAAAUGUGUGCUGUACUUUUAAGAAAGCCUCACUUUUAAUUAUUUUCAAUGUAUGUUUUCAAUUAUUGUUAAUAUAAUGAUAGUAAUGAAUUUGAAUGACAAAUGUUUGUAUAUUUUAAUUAUAUUUUAUAUGGUUUAAUUUGUAAGCCAUCUCGUAAAGAACGACAACAACAACAACAACAACAAUGCAUAAAAUUGGUUCACAAUGUUUGGAAAAAGAAAACAACUAGUGGUGAUAGGUGCUUCUGGGAGUAAUUGCAAACAUAUUGACAAAACAUUCUAAACAAUGGGUUGCUGUGAGUUUUCUGGACUGUAUGGCCAUGUUCUGGAACAUGGCCAUACAGCCCGGAAAACUCAUAGCAACCAAAUGAUUCCAGCCAUGUAAACCUUCGACAACACAUUCUGAACAAUAUCCCCAUAGACAAAUCACAACAGUACACAGUUACCAAAAUGACACGACUUGAGUCUCAAUUCUAAGAAAAAGUCAGGUAAUAAUAAUAAAAGUUGGCACAUGCCAUAUUAUCUGAGGAUAUUUUACUAAUUUUCAGAUUCCUGGAUAGAAUUCAAAUUAUGGGUGAUCCAAAAUUCAAAUCAGAGGGACUAAAAAUGGAGAAGACAACUUCUGAGUUCUCUGCUGUUCUAGUAGCAAAGGUACAACAUCAUUUCAGGUACAUAGAUCAUUUAAGGAGAUUAAUUGUGAUAAUCAUUACAACAAAUUUGCAUAACGAUGUUUGAGUUAACACCCCAUGCUAUUAAUAUAAAACGUAGUCACAGACACAAGAUUAUAUGCUGCUAAGCAUUUCUCGAAGGUCUAACUGCCAGUCCAUUUCCUAAUAGGUUCAUCAGCUGUAAUAGAGAGAUAUGAUGGAGGUGACACAGAUAGAAGGUCGCCUCCUCUUCUUGUUGGGUUUCCCGUUUCUCUAUCUGAGGAGCAUCACUUUCAAAUAUUAUUGCAAAGUGGGCUUCCUGUUUUUCUUAGUAGGUUUUGCCUGUUUUUGGACCAUCAUCCUCUGUGUUUACAAGGGACGCAACAUGGACAAUGCAAGGUGAGCAAACUGGAUCCAUGUGUGAUGAGAAACAUACCAUGGCACCUUAGUAUUGAAAGUGGUGUUUUUGUUUAUAAAACAGGAGUGUUGAAUGGCGAGUGUAAUAGAAGAUAUGUGGUGGCUGGAGUGCCAAUGGGGUAGUAAAUUUAGUCUAGAUUUCAGUACAGUUUUAAAGGAGAUAUCAACGGUGAUGAACCCUAUGGCCUAAGUAUAGCCACCACCUCUUUGGACAGUUUUUGAGACUUCAAGCCAGAGAAGCUUCCAGAUGCCAUCAUUCUUCACUGGAAGAUUUUUUUUUAUUGUGUCAGAACUGACUUGAGAACAUACUGUAAGUUUCUUCUGGUGUGAAAGGAUUGGCCGUCUACAGAGACGUUGCCCAGGAGACGGCCAGAUGUGUGACCAUCCUGCUGGGAGGCUUCUCUCAUCUUCCCACAAGCUAGAACUGACAGAUGGGAGCUCACUCCAUCUCGUUGAUUCAAAUCAGCAACCUUCAGGUCAGCAACCCAACCUUCAGAUCAGCAGUCCAGCCGGCACAAGGGUUUAACUCUACUGGAAGAUACUUUCUGUGUACACAGCAGUCUCCUCCUAUUGUCAGAUGAUAUGUUCUAAGACCUUCAGUGGAUGCCUGGAACCUUGGAUACUUGUUGCUUACUACCUUCAAAUCAGCUUUGAUUUAUGGCAAACCCCAUGAAUGAGAGAUGGCCAAGUCUCCCUGUUAUCAACAGCUCUGCACAGGGCCAUUGCUUCUCUGAAUGAGUCUAUCAAUCAGGAACAUAGUUUUCUUUUCUUACUGUCUUCCACUUUACCAUGCUUUAUUGUCUUUUUAGCGAGUCAUCUCAUCUUGUGAUAUGGUUAAAGUAGUUAAUCUUCUGCACCAUAGUCCAAAGGAGCUUGGCCUCUGAUUGAACAUCAAGAAAACCAAAGUGCUUUUCCAAAGUGCCAGAAAUACAGCUUAAUGGUGUAAUGUUAAAAAAUGUUGACCAUUUCCACUACCUUGGCAGCCACCUCUCCACAAAAGUCAACAUUGACACUGAAAUACAACACAGCCUGAGCUCCGCAAGAGCAGCAUUCUUCUGAAUGAAGCAGAGAGUGUUUGAGAAACAUGGAAGUGAAUGCUCUAGCUGGAGAUCAGCUGUGACCAGCUGUGCUAUGGAAUUUGAAGAGGCAUGAAUGGAGGGCAAAAGGGGAAAACGUGCCAAGAGGAAGGUGCAUCAUGCCAAUCCUGACUGCGACCGCCUUCCAUCUGGAAACCGAUGUCCUCACUGUGGAAGAACAUGCAGGUCAAGAAUAGGGCUCUACUGUAAUCUAGGUAUCCACCACCAAGACACUACACUUGGAAGGCCAUCAUACUCGGACAACAAGGGAUUGCCUAAAUAGAUUUUACAGGUUUUUUUCUGUUUUUGUUGGGGGAAGAGGGGGCAAAAAAACUCAUUACUUGAGGUAACUGCUUUCUUGGACCACAAUUCCCAUACACCACUUUUGCAAGGACAUACUCUAAACAAGGCUGUCUCCACAACAUAGCAUACCCAAACAUGAUCCCUCCCUUCAUGUAAUUCCCCCCUCUUCAAUUAUAAUUCACAUAAUUGAAUACAGCUAUUUAUUUAUUUUUCUUCUUCUGAUAGGAUUUUUAACAAGCUACUGGUUCUCAUUAAAUAUUUCUUUGGCAUCAAAUUCAAAAUCCAAGGCCUUGAAAAUCUCCCAGUUGAAGACUGCUAUGUGAUGGUGGCCAAUCACCAGGGAUACCUUGAUUACAUUGCAUUGUCUGAAUUUCUUCCUCCACGAUGUGUCCCUCUUGCUAAAAAGGAGUUUCAGUUUGUGGGAUUAUUGGGCCUGACAUCUUGGCUGUGUGGCUUCUUCUUUAUUGACCGUGAGGAGAAAUCCCGAGCCAUCAACACCAUGUUACAUAUACAAAAAACCAUGGUGGCAAAAAGGUUCCGGGUCUUAAUAUUCCCUGAAGGCACCAGGAAUCACAAUUCUUCCAUGUUGCCUUUCAAGCAUGGGGCUUUUCACCUAGCUGUACAGGCCCAGGUUCCAGUAGUACCUGUGGUGAUCUCUUCAUAUCAUCAUUUCUGCAGCACGAUACAGAAAACGUUCACUAAAGGGGAAUGCACUAUACAGAUUCUGCCCAAGGUAGAAACGCAGGGUCUGAAGGCCGACGAUGUCCCAGAACUCACCAAGUUGGUGCGAGACACCAUGUUGAAAGUAUUUUACCAGAUUUCAGAUGAGGUCAAACAGUGAAACCCAAUGAUGGUGUUGGUGAUUGUUUACACAAUUUCAAUAAACUACAUCUUCUUUGUCA